AUGGCCGGUACCGAAACAAAGAAGAGGACAAAUGACGGCCGGCUUGCGCCGCCGUCCAAGAAACAGAAGCGUCAAGACAAGAAGCAAGCAGAGCCCGCCUCGGACGAAGAGCAAAGUUUCGAUGCGGUAAACCUCCUCGACUCGGAUGACGAUGACAUUCUUAACGCGAACGUCGACGACGGCGCGGUCUCCGACGACAAUGAUUCAGCGAGCUCGGCAGACGAGCGUCCCACGCCCAGGAAGACGACAAAACCUGCCCCCAAGGCGAAAAAGAGCAGAGAUGCCCCCGUGGGCACCGACUCGGAUUCGGACUCGGAAGAAGAAAGCGCCGACGACCAUGAAGGCGCGCCUCAGAAGACCAAGUCCAAACGUAAUGAUCCCUCUGCCUUCUCCACAUCCAUGUCCAAGAUUCUUUCGACCAAGCUCUCGAACGCAAAACGAGCGGACCCCGUCCUCGCCCGCAGCGCCGAGGCCCACGAGUCAGCCAAGGCGGCCGUCGACCUGGCGCUCGAGUCCAAGGCGCGCAAGCAGAUGAGGCAGCAGAAGAAGGAGGCGAUGGAGAGGGGCCGCGUGCGCAACGUGCUGGUGGCGCCCGAGACGGAGGAUACGUCGACGGGGGAGAUGAUUGAGACGGAGAGGCGGCUGCGCAAGGUCGCGCAGAGGGGUGUCGUCAAGCUCUUCAAUGCCGUGCGGGCGGCCCAGGUCAAGGCUGCUGAGGCGGAGAAGAAGGCACGCAAGGACGGCGUGGUGGGUGUGGUGAGGAGAGAGGAGAAGAUUAACGAGAUGAGCAAGAAGGGAUUUUUGGACCUCAUUGCGUCCGGCGGCGGAGGGCUGAAGAAGGGCGCAUUGGAGGAGGCUUGA